AUGGAUUCAAAGACGCUAAUAGACGCACAAUUCGACCGUGCGGUCGAGAUUGUACAGAGUCUGCCAAAGACGGGCCCGAUACAGACCGGCUACGAGGAGAAAUUGACCAUGUAUAGUCUCUAUAAGCAAGCGACUGUUGGAAAUGUGCAGUCACCACGGCCAAGCGUGUGGGAUAUGCUGGGCCGUGCUAAGUGGGACGCAUGGGCAAAGCACAAGGACCUUGAUUCAUACGAGGCGAAGUGGCUUUACGUCGAAGCCUUGCUCAAAGUAAGCCAUCACGACUCAGCUGGCACUUAUGAAAUUCACAGUCCCUGCUAG